AUGGGGAAUCUCAAGGAAUCUCUGGCUGGUCCAGGAUAUGUGAUUCUCAACGCCAUCCGCGCCCUCAACAUCGUCGUCUUUCUCGACAUGAUCGCCGCCUGCAUUGUGAUGCUAGUCAAAAUCAACAUGCAGAAUGGAUUCUUCUUUUUUCAAGCUGUUACUCAUGCUGUGGUUGCGCUUAUUAGCAUCUUCCUCAUCAUUUCCGAGUUGCCCAUCCUCCAGGGCUAUUUCAACCGCAACUGGCCCUUGUUCGGCGAAGAUUCGGGCUUCUUCGCACUUGCCGAUAUCAUGAUGAUCUUGGGGGUAGCCAUGCUGGGUAACCUGAAUAUUGAGGUAAUGACACAGAAGCAUCUGGGACUGGCGUUCUGGCGUAUCAUUAUCUCGGCGGGUAUCCUUGCCAUGGUCAUGAGCGUGAUCAACAUGUUGUCGACAUUCAUCUUUACCGACCGCAGCCAGGGCGUCAGCGCUCGCCAAGUCCGAGCAUAUGGUGCCGUGGCUCCGCAGAAGGUUCUCAGUCGAUCCAUCAGCCGGACCAGCAGCAGUCGUCGGUCAUUCCAGCUCAGCAUGAAGCGUGAAGAGGGCCUCCCAAGCUAUUCACCGCAGCCCGCUUUCAAACGCAUGACCAACCGGUUGUCGCGUUUCCCUCUGAAAAUCUCGAGUCCGCUCAGGAGCAACAACACCACUGACAACAACCAUCUGAUGCCGGGUCACCCGGCAAAUGACGACGCUUCGUCAAGGUAUUCUCGAGACACUGCUGGGGUGACAAUUCCUGAUUUGACGCACCACCCGGCAAUGUACGGCAAUCAGCGUCAAGUCGCUCCUCAUUUUCUUCGGCCCCAUUCUUCUCCCUCGCCUGAUCAAUGCCUACCGCGGCCUUCGAGUGUCCAUCGCGAGUCGCCCACCUGCGUGUGCCCUCUCUGCCGCUGCCAGUCGAUCCCUGAAUAUUUUGUUCGCAAGCAUCCCUACCUUUCAACCCCCCAUGCCCCCGGACCCAACAUUUUCAACUUGACCCGAUCGCGCAUUAAUACACCAACCGAUGUGAUCUUCCACCGGCUCACAAGGCUCCGGCCCGAUGGGAUCUUGUCCGACGCCGACAACUUGCUCCGCGAGAAGCUCACCUCCAUUGGUGCACGCAAAGUGUACCUUACAUUUGGACCCGACGCCUUGAUCUCGUGCCAAUUCUGCUCUCUUGAUAAUCUCAACUCAUAUUUGAUCUAUUACCUGCCUUUCCACGUGCUGCUGCCUCAUUUGGUGCAUCUACUGAUCCUGGGGGUGGCUACCUCCGCGCCUAUUGCGGGCCGGGAAGCUGCCCGCUGGCGGACCAAGUUCACCAUAGCCGGCCUGGCGCUGGCUGCUCUUGAUCUUUGGAUUGUGGCUACGUAUGAUGCGCUUCAGUCGGCAUCCCCCGCUGUGCGGGCUGGCCAGCGACCCCCCUCUGGCCUCUACUAUCUUAUAACCUUGUUGCGGCCGCUGACAUUCGUGCUCUGCGAUGUAUCAUGCGCGCUCAUUAUUUACCUCUCGGCUACAAACCGAUUUUUCUUCAAGCCACCGUCUCCCGUAGACCAGCUUGACAAUGCGGUCUCUGCCGCCCUCACGCAGAUCACGAGCGCCAACACCAAACUUCACGCCUCGAGUGUGGCUCGCAAUGCUGUCGUCCGAGACAGAUCUCUGAAGGCUCGCGACGAUGCAUACUGGCAGACCGUGGCUGCGGCAGAGAACCCGAACCGAAGCGCACUCGCCGAACCCGGAAAGGAGAAUUUGACAGUGAUUAAUAAUAUCUGGGACGAAGAAGAAGUAGCCCGAGCUGUGUCGCGGGCGAUGGCAGGCCAGGGUGGUGUUGAUUUGGCGCAGUUGGGAAUGAAUGCCAAUGAGUUUGUGCGCGGGGUGACGGAAGGUUUGGAGUGA